GAACAGUGACCAAGAACAAUUUCCACGUUAGCGUUUUUGUUGUUAUUUCGACGUUAAUUAACAACAUGGGACGAGCAAAUAUGACUAAUUUAGCUGCACAGCAUCACAUACCUACCCCAUGUAGUCUUUAAUUCGAGUUGGAGACAGGACUUGGUUGAUAGAUGUUAUUUAGGUAACGCUGAACUAACAAUGGCUAACUGUAUGGUUUUUCACACUCAAAUAGCCUCCAUCAUGGAAGUGCUAGCAAAUUCAGCCGUGGCAGAAAUCUGUAAACUCGUAGACGACGACUAUGCAGUGUUUCGUUUGGAAAUUUCUCAAAGCCAGAAAGAAAACAGGGGAUUGCGUAGGAAACUACAGCUACUUGAACUGAAGGUACCAAGGGAGCGCGCAGACAGGACAAUGCGAGAGCGCAUCCUCGCUAGUCGUCCCAGUAAUGUCAAGAUCCUAGACCGAUACAGAGGAAUGGAAAGAGGUGAAGGAGAUCUCACUGGAGGCCACAGGAGCUUUGUGAAGGCAGCAGGACAAAAUACAUGGAGAGAUGACCAACCAAUCACUGUUGAUGAGGGGAGCGGAACCUCGACCCAGCACGUUAUCGUGAUAGAGUCUGCAGAUGCAGAGGCUGCAGGUCCUGGGGUCAAGCAGGAGAGGUCUGAAGGAGAGGAGGACCCACGUCACAGCAGAAACAUCCAGGUGGAAGCAGCGGCUGAAGUGGCGCCCCCUGUAGCCACGGAGGACCCCACCACCGCUCCAGCGCAGCCCAGGAUCAGACGCAGCAUCACGGAGGAGAAGGAGGGUCCAGAGGUGCUCCUGGUGAAGGAGGAGGGGUGUGAGGAGGGUCUUGGAAACCCUGAGUGGACCAUGGUCAUGGAGGACAACCAGACUACACCUGAAUCAACAGAGGAACCAGCUGAGCAGCACAGGACCACACACAGUCUCACUGAGUCAGUAGACAUGGAGGAUGGGAAGCCUGAUCUGCUGAUAGUCAAAGAGGAGACAAUAGAAGACGGACCAGAGAGCAUUGACCUGCUGAGUGGACUAACAAUGGGAGAGCAAGGUGAGUGGCUGGAGGCUAACAGAGGAGACUGGACGGCCAUCUUGGAUUCCCAGACCCAGACAGGUGCAGCCAAGGGCCCGGGGGAUGACAUCACUGAGCAGGCCAGGACCAGAGGCCACAUAGUGGAGUCUGCAGUCCAUGAAGACCUGCUGAUAUCCGGUAUUGCUUGCGGGAGAGACUGGACCUCUGAAGUGACUGAUCACAAACCCUGGCCCCGGAUCAGAACUCUGGAUCAGGAGCCGUCGCUCUUCCUUCCUGAAUCGGAACCGGGACCGAACCACGAGGGACGGAGACUCCACCACACAGAACACAACCAGUGGACAGGUGGACUGAACAACCUCAGUCCUGGUGGUCAUCAGAGAGACAGAGGCUCCAGUCAGGGAUCCAGUCUGCAGCCCAGACCCUUCUCUUCACAGUCUCAGUGCAGGAAUGAAGCAGGGCCUGGGGCUGAUAGAGAUAGACCCUCCUGUUCCUAUGAUACAAACACCACAGUAUCCAUGAUGAACAGAGCAGGUCACCCUGGGCUUCAGCCUUCACAGAGAGUGGUGAGCGACCCCCCUGGUGGUAGUCUAUCAGCAAGUCUGUCUUCUCCUUCAGGGUCUUGUCUAAUGCCUGGUGACUGGGUUCAUAGAAAGCCUGGACCUGGGUCUAGCUUUCCUCAGUUACCUCAUGGUUACCCCACCAAUACAGACAGGUUCAGGAUGGGCGUUCACCACAAGAAGCACCUAGCCUAUAGCACAGCACACAAUCCCAACAACACCCAAACAAUGGCUCAAGGAGGGAGCUCAAAGACUAACCACCUGAGGGUGGUGGCUCCUGCUUCUACCUCCUCUGGAGUCAUUGGGUCACAACGUGGGAGGCCGAGCAUUAGGACGGACGAUGACAAGCCGUACGUCUGCCCCACGUGUGGGAAGCGUUUUGCUAAAGCAAACUAUGUGAAGGAGCACCAGACCGUUCACACCAAGGAGAGGCCCUUCAAGUGCAAACUAUGUUACAAGAGCUUCUCCUUCCUGAGUAACCUCAUCAGACAUAGGAGUGUCCACAACGGGGAGAAAUCGUAGCAGUGUGGCUUGAGAUGUACACAGGGGAUAUCUGGGAACCAUUCUUUAGCUGACAUUUUUGAAAACACAGUAUAAGUGGAAGGCCCCUCCAAACCCCCAGAAUAAAAAAGAAUAUAUGAAUAUUAAUAUUUUUUAUGAUUGGUAUACACCCACACCAUUUUUUAAUGUUUUUAUUUAAAUUAACAUUUAUUUAACUAGGCAAGUCAGUUAAGAACAAAUUCUUAUUUACAAUGAAGGCCUACACCGGCCAAACCCGGAU